AGAGCCGGACAAGCAUUGUUUUUUGUCAGUUACAGACGAAUUUAUUAAGAAGUUUGUUGGUAUAUCCUAGUCCAUAAUAUGCAUCAAGAUAGUCUGAGAUCAGUUGUCUACAGAUCAUUUGUCACUUGUGAUGAUCCGAAAGGAGUAGUCGAAUGUGGGACAUUCAGAAAAUCCAAAAGUAGUGCCCAGAAAAUGGAGCAUAAGAUCAAAAGCCAAAAAGCAAAGAAGAUUUCAGAUGCAUCUUUACCAUUUAAGACCGAGAAGAAGGAGGAGGAGAUGUUAACUAAAGAGAUAUCGGAAGGAUUUCAUAGUCCAUCUUCUUUUCAGUUAUUGGAGGUCUCAAGAGGAGCUCAGAGGCUAAAUCACAUGAUUGAUUCAUGGUCUAAUGGGGAAACCAAUCAGAGACAAUCUAAAGAUGUUGCAAAAGAUUUUUUGAAAGGAGCACUUGACUUGCAAGACUCUCUAAUGAUGCUUGGCAAAUUGCAAGAAGCUUCGCAGUAUAUGGCUUGGUUGAAGAAGAAACAGGACAAGUCUAAAGGAGUAAGGAAGGAGGAAGGAGGAGGGAUUGAGCGGUCGAGGUCUUAUCAGUUUGGAGAUCGAAAUUAUCAGAUCGGAUUUCGGAAGCCACGGCAUUCAGUUGAUGGAUCUUCAAGGGAUUGCUAUGAGGAACUAAGAGAAGCAAUCAGAGACGGCCUUAGUAGGCAGAAUCUAUUGCCAAAUACUGAAGAAAAUAGAGGCUUUGUUCAAAGAAACUUGGACUCAGCUUCAGAAAUGCCCUCCACAAGCUCAAGUCAGUCUUCUAUAUCUCAUACCAACUACUAUAGUGCCACUGACUCCUCCUCUUCAUCAAAAGCUCCAGAGAAGAAGACAAAGGGUCCAAACUUGAUUGCCAAGCUCAUGGGGCUGGAAGAAAUUCCCUCAAAUCCAUUAAAGACAACUCUCCAGAAACAGUUGAGGAAUGAGAAGAUUUCAAGUCACCAGAGACCUAUGUUUGAAAUUGAUAUGCCAAUGGUAAGGAGGCCUCGAUCAGUUGAUCUGAGAAAAACUCCACAGCGAAAGACACUGAAGGAGAUUCUUGAGACCCAGCAUUUUACAGGACUUCUGAAAGACAACUCUAUCAAAGAGUCUCAGUCAUACCGAGAUCAUACCAGUGAUUCUCAUUCCCAGCAGAGGUUCGCCGACUAUUCUUCAACAAUUGUACUUAUUAAACCUCUGCGUGGUCCAUUCCUGGAAUCAGAAGAGCCUUUUGCACCAAUGUUUCCCGAGCAUGGAGUUCAAGCCUCAAAAAUGAUGCCAAGAAAACUGAAAGUAAGAGAGGAGCUUCCUUCCAAGACAAUUGACCGGAAAGAGGGGUCUUUGAAGCCUGGCAAAACAAGCGAAAAAACAAAUGCAGAGGAGAAGCCAGUCAAGAGGCUUAGCAAGGAAGAAGGAGCUAAGGAAGACAAAAAGGUAGCUGAGAAACCAGAAGAAAAAGAAGCAAAAAUUAAACUAAAGGCUCCUACCAAGAUGAAUUCUACUGAUCUUGUAACUCAGCAGCCUAAGAAAAAGGAAGCAGUAAACAAGAAAGUUGAUAAGAAUAAUAAUGCUGUGGUCACUGGCAGGAAAAUAGCAGAGAAGGAGAUUGUGAAACCUAAAAAUGGGUCAAGAUCUCAAGAGCAAGCCAAGGUGACAGCCAUGAAGGUCAGAAAGCCCAAAAAUGGAUCAAAUGUUUCCAAGAAUCAAAUUCCCCAGCAGCGAAUUAGUACUAAUAAUGACAUCUCAAUUCACACAAAACAAACUGUAAACCACACUUCGAAUAAUCGGAAAAGAAAUCUAAUAAAGAGGAAAAAGCCAGUCAGUGAGCCUAUAGCAGCUAAAACAACAAAGGAGAGUGAAAGAAGCAAAGAAGAUGACAACAGGAUUGAUUUUACAAGCGAAAAAGACCCCAACCUCAUUAGAAGCAAUAAUACAAGUGUAGAUCAAUUCCCAGCAGAGGAGGAAGCAGAGGCCUAUGAGCUUCAGAUUGGAGAAAAUUGCAAUAGCAGUCAGAGUUCUCUUUCUCUCAGUGAUGAUAUCCCGCUGGCCUCCGAUCAUCAGGUUCUGGGAGAACCUAAAUUUGUUGAAGAAGUUAAUGAUGACAGCAGUUACAUCAGAACGGAGAGUAGGAGCCUCAAAUCUGGAACCGAUUUAGAAGUAUUGCUUUCAAGCAAUCCAGCAUUUGUGAGUCAUGCACAAGAGCUUUUUGAUCUCCAUGUUAAUAGACCUACAACCUUACUAUCAUCUGCUAUCAAUGAUUUUUUUGUUACCAAUGAGACACUCUCCAUGGACUGUGCAAAUGAACUUAUUGAACGUAGAAGCCUUCCAGAUGCAAAAAUGGUCAAUCCACUGUUUCUAAAUUGGUUGAGGAAUUCAAGAAUCAGUAUCUGUUUAAAUCAGUUGUUGGAGGAGGUUUAUGAUGGGAUUGAGGCUCUGAAAAACUACAGGAAAGUUGCUGGAGAGGACCUUCCUCCUGAUAGUAUAUAUGCAAUGCUAAAGAGCGACUUAAAGUGCAAAGGAGUAGAGAGUGGAAUAUGGGAUUUUGGUUGGAAGAAUGAACUUUGCUCGGAUGACAUAGAGCAAGUUGUGAAUGACAUAGAGAAGCUACUUUUGAGUGGGUUAGUUGAAGAAAUUUUAACAUAAUUUCUGCUUUAACAAUUCGUAAAUGUUUGUUUUGAUGUACAGACUGAACAGUUAGUCUUACAAUCUUCUGUAAAUAUUUAAUCCGGGUUAAAGAAGGGAGAAUUGAAAUUUGUUCAUUAAUUAGGACCUUGAUGCUACAAAACCAGUACUUAAAUCCAAGUUGCCAACAGUCUGAUGACACUAAUUAGGUGUUAAAUGUAGACUCCUAUUCCUAUGUUAGUUAAGAAUCAUAUAAACUAUAAUUUUGGUUGCUUGUAUUAGAUAAAGCCUUGCUGUUAUAUUGGAAAUGUUGAGCAGAUUUACAACUUGUACAUGGUUUAAGUCUUCUUAUUUAGU